AUGGCUUAUAAUUGCCCUGAUACAAUGCAUUUUUGGAAAAUACCUAUAAAAGUGAUUAAAAACAAUGAUCGAUUCGAUGACAUCACCAUUUGGCUAGAAUAUGUUUUUGAUUUUGGACCGCUGAUUUACGGUUUCUUUUAUUUUCAUCAGCUCGUUGAACUCUGCCACGGUACCAUUAUUGCCAAUCGCAUCGAGCUUGGCUUGUAA